AUUUUGGAUACAAGACGCAAAAAUACAACAAAGGUAGUUGGAACUCGGCGACGAAAUCCACCGUACCCCGGGUUUUGCCAGCCCAGGAACCCCCGCCCGGGACCCUCUGCCAGCCAGCCCCGUUACAGGUGCGGUGGCCACCCGCCCACACGACGGACCAGCCCAACAACGCCGCGGCGCCUGCGCCUCCUCUCGGUCUCGCGGAGUCGGUGGCGCCGCGGCCGCUGCGGCGUUGGGCGGCGCGCGCGCCCCCGAAGGCCGAAGCGUUACGUGGAGGCCGCACGCACGCCGACCCCCCCUCCCCUCGUCUCCGUCGUCGUCAUCAUCCACUCUCCUCUCCCCUGGUUUUAAAGAAGACGAGACCGCCACUUCUUCGUCUCAUCCAACCCAAGUACCCAACCCGCGUCGUCAUCGUCGUCUUCCUACUUCCUCCUCCUCCCCACCCCACGCACGCGCGUGCGGCGCCGAUCGCGGCCGACGCCGAGAUUUCCGCGUGCGCGUGGAGAUAGGGCACACCCGUUCUCUCUCUCCCUCUCUCGGGCUCUGAAGCGCUUCGCUUGGUUUGGCGUGUUGUUUGGCUGCCGCGGCAGUUUUCUCCUGUCACAUAUCGCAGAGGGUUCUGGAAGUGGGAACAUGGAGGCGAAGCAGAGGACGAGGCAUCGCGACGGAGAGGAGAGGAGGCUCGUAGCGGCGGCGGAUGGCGGCGCCGAGGAGUACGACCCAUGGACGGCGUGGCUCUACAAGCCGCACACCAUCUCGGUGCUCCUCGUCGGUGCUUGCCUUCUAAUUUGGGCAAGUGGAGCGCUUGAUCCAGAGGGUGCUUCUUAUCACAGUAGUGCGACAUCUAUUAAGAGGGGUGUCUGGGCUAUGAUUGCAGUCUUCCUUGCUUACUGCACUCUCCAAGCACCUUCAACGAUACUUAUUAGGCCCCAUCCUGCUGUCUGGCGCCUGGUGCACGGACUGGCUGUCGUUUACCUUGUCGCUCUAGCCUUUCUUCUUUUCCAGAACCGCGAUGAUGCUCGCCAGUUCAUGAAACACCUUUACCCUGAUCUUGGAGUUGAAUUGCCGGAGAGAUCUUAUGGAGCUGACUGCCGUCUGUAUGUUCCGGAAAACCCUAAAAACAAGUUCAUAAAUAUUUAUGAGACAUUAUUUGACGAAUUUGUGGUUGCCCAUAUUUUGGGUUGGUGGGGUAAAGCCGUAAUGAUACGAAACCAGCUUCUUCUUUGGGUCCUCUCGAUUGGUUUCGAGCUAAUGGAGCUUACAUUCAGACAUAUGUUGCCAAACUUUAAUGAGUGCUGGUGGGAUAGUAUUAUUUUGGAUAUCUUGAUCUGCAACUGGUUUGGUAUAUGGGCGGGGAUGCACACAGUCCGUUACUUUGACGGUAAAACAUAUGAGUGGGUUGGACUGAGCCGACAGCCAAGCAUCAUGGGCAAGGUGAAAAGAUCACUGAGCCAGUUCACCCCUGCACAAUGGGACAAGGAUCAAUGGUACCCUUUCAUGGGGCCGUUGCGGUUCGUUCAAGUGUUGUUCCUGUGCGUUGUUUUCAUGACAGUGGAGCUCAACACAUUUUUUCUUAAAUUUUGCCUCUGGAUUCCUCCAAGGAAUCCUUUGGUUGUGUACAGAUUAAUCCUAUGGUGGUUGAUUGCUAUUCCAACCAUCCGUGAGUACAACUCCUACUUGCAAAACAGCAAACCGGUGAAGAAGGUUGGGGCUUUUUGCUGGCUCUCUCUAGCUAUAUGCAUUGUAGAGCUUCUUAUAUGUAUGAAGUUUGGACAUGGGCUGUUUCAUGAUCCCAUGCCUACUUGGUUGAUCAUCUUUUGGAGUUCGGUGGGGGUAGCACUAGUGGUUUUCUUGCUUGCAUGGUCUUGGAGGAAUCACCUGAAAUAUCAGAGAAAGCGGCUAUAAUGGAUUAAUUUUUCGGAAGAUUUUCGACUCUGGACCCCCUUCAAACUUGUUUCUUCUUCUUGAUAGGAUGUACAUAUGUGAUGGGUGAUGAUGUAACUUAAAUGUGAUGGGUAAUUAUGUAACUUUAAAUCCUAGGAUAAAGCAAUUUUCAGCUACAUUUCACAUUAUGUUUUACAAUAGCCAAUUGUUGCCUCGCAAGAGGGAUGGCUAAUUUCAGAUUAAUAAGUGAAAUAUUACCAUGACGUGAUUUUGCUCCUGUGA